AUGUCCAGGUGGAGACCAGUGGUGAGUGGUACUCCUCAGGGAUCGGUGUUGGGACCGGCGCUGUUUAACACCUUUAUGGGCGACAUGGACAGUGGGAUUGAGUGCACCCUCAGCAAGUUUGCUGGCGACAUCAAACUGUGUGGUGCGAUUGACAUGCUGGAGGAAAUGGAUGCCAUCCAGAGGGACCUUGACGUGUUUGAGAGGUUAUUUCCGAACUGUGAAGUAGGUGCUUGCCACAGUAGAUCUUGGGACACUGAGGGACCUGGCUUUACAGGGAAUGCUUUCCAGCCUUUCCGUCUGAAGGAGAUGGAAGCUGACAGAGGAAAUGCUUGGGGUAUUCCUGUAUAUCAGUUUGUCCUUGUUAUUGCCAAUGAAGAAUUAAAGGGAAUAAAAUCUGGAUAUUUUAUAUUAAGGCAAACUGAUGAUAACAGGAUAGAGUGCAAAAUCUCUUACAAAGUAGAGAUUGAAAAGCUGGACUAUCAUUACUAUCUGCCUUUGUUUUUUGAUGGGCUUUGUGAAAUGACAUUUCCAUAUGAGUUUUUUGCUCGUCAAGGAAUCCAUGACAUGCUGGAACAUGGUGGAAACAAGAUUCUUCCUGUCAUUCCUCAGCUCAUUAUCCCAAUAAAGAAUGCACUAAGCCUUCGUAAUCGACAGGUCAUCUGCAUCACGCUGAAAGUCCUCCAGCACCUGGUGGUGUCAGCUGACAUGGUGGGGGAGGCCUUGGUGCCCUAUUAUCGACAAAUCCUCCCAGUCCUAAACAUCUUUAAGAAUAUGAAUGUAACAUAUGGAAUUCCACAAAUGCAAUGUGAUUCAGAUUACAACUGUGGCUUUCUAGAAUCUGUGGGAUGA